GGCCGGGGCUGGCAGGCCACGGCGCUAGGAGGCCGGUCCGCUCUUCCUCUGCGGGGUUCCCGGACCUGGCGGCUGGAACCCUCUCGUCCCAACCGCCGCGCCCCGGAGAUUCUGCGUGCGCCCGCCGGCGCCCAGUGCGCAGGCGUCGGGCGCUCAGAGUGUCUGUAGGAGUUCGACUAGCAGACGAGCCCGUGUGCGAUUGUGUGAGACAGUGAAAGAAACGAUGGUCAAGUUAUUUCUUCCCUGAAUACUAAUUUGAUGGUCUGGAAAAGGUUGGCCACCUCAGGAUUGUACUGUCUCCCAGGAAGAAGAAGAAAUGACCAAGUCCCAUGGAUCAGUGUCCUUCAGGGAUGUGGCUAUAGAUUUCAACACAGAGGAAUGGCAGCACCUGGACAGCGCUCAGAGAAACCUGUACUGGGAUGUAAUGCUGGAGACCUACAGCCACCUGCUGUCAGUAGGGUAUCUAGUUCCCAAAACAGAGGUUUUCAUGUUGGAACAAGGAAAGGAGCCGUGGUCAUUGCGGGCUGAGAGCCCACAUCAGAGAUGUCCAGGAGAGAAAUUAUGGGAUAAUAAUCAAUAUGGGAAAAUCCUCGGUUAUUAUCAAGCUCCCUCUCAACAUCAGAAAAUGUAUACAGGAGAGAAAUCCUACGAAUGUGCUGAUGUUGGGAAGAUCUUCACGCAGAAGACACAGCGCAACGUACAUCUCAAAGUUCGUACAGGAAGAACACUCUAUGUAUGUAUUGAAUGUGGGAAGGCUUUUGUACGGAAGCCAGAAUUUAUUAUACAUGAGAAAACCCACAGUAGAGAGAAGCCCUAUAAAUGCAAUGAAUGUGGAAAAUCCUUUUUCCAGGUAUCUUCUCUCUUCAGGCAUCAGAGAAUUCAUACUGGAGAAAAACUCUAUGAAUGCAGUGAAUGUGGGAAAGGCUUCUCUUACAACUCUGAUCUCAGUAUACAUCAGAAAAUUCAUACUGGAGAGAGACUCCAUGAAUGCAAUGACUGUGGCAAAGCAUUCACUCAAAAGUCCACACUCAAGAUGCAUCAGAAAAUUCAUAGAGGUGACAGAUCCUAUUUAUGUAUUGAAUGUGGACAUGCCUUCAUUCAGAAGACACACUUGAUUGCUCACCAAAGAAUUCAUACUGGAGAAAAACCAUAUGAAUGCAAUAUCUGUGGGAAAUCCUUCAUUUCCAAGUCACAACUCCAAGUACAUCAACGAAUUCACACAAGAGUGAAGCCCUAUAUAUGUAGUGAGUAUGGGAAGGUCUUCAAUAAUAGUUCCAACCUCAUUACACAUAAGAAAGUUCAAAUUAGAGAGAAAACUUCCAUAUGUACUGAAUGUGGGAAGGCCUUUACCUACAGGUCAGAGUUGAUUAUACAUCAGAGAAUUCACACUGGAGAGAAACCUUAUGAAUGCAGUGACUGUGGAAAAGCCUUCACUCAGAAGUCAGCACUCACGGUGCACCAGAGAAUUCAUAGAGGAGAAAAAUCAUAUGUAUGCAUGAAAUGUGGGCUGGCCUUUAUCCAGAAGGCACACUUAAUUGCACAUCAAAUAAUUCAUACUGGAGAGAAACCUUAUAAAUGUGGUCACUGUGAGAAAUUUUUUACUUCCAAGUCACAACUCCAUGUGCAUAAGCGAAUUCACACAGGAGAAAAACCCUAUAUUUGCAAUAAAUGUGGGAAGGCAUUCACCAACAGGUCAAAUCUUAUUACACAUCAGAAAACUCAUACAGGAGAGAAAUCCUAUAUAUGCUCUAAGUGUGGGAAGGCCUUUACUCAGAGAUCAGAUUUGAUUAUACAUCAAAGAAUACAUACCGGAGAGAAACCAUAUGAAUGCAGUAACUGUGGGAAAGCCUUCACCCAGAAGUCACACCUCAAUAUACACCAGAAAAUCCAUACUGGAGAGAGACAGUAUGAAUGCCAUGAAUGUGGGAAAGCCUUCAACCAGAAAUCAAUCCUCAUUGUACAUCAGAAAAUUCAUACAGGAGAGAAACCCUAUGUAUGUACUGAGUGUGGAAGAGCCUUCAUCCGGAAGUCAAACUUUAUUACUCAUCAGAGAAUUCAUACUGGAGAGAAACCUUAUGAAUGCAGUCAUUGUGGGAAGUUGUUCACCUCCAAGUCUCAGCUUCUGGUGCACCAGCCAAUUCACACAGGAGAGAAGCCCUAUGUGUGUGCUGAGUGUGGGAAAGCCUUUAGUGGCAGGUCAAAUCUGAGUAAACACCAGAAAACUCAUACUGGGGAAAAGCCCUACAUUUGCUCUGAAUGUGGGAAGACCUUCAGACAGAAGUCAGAGUUGAUUACACAUCAUAGAAUUCAUACUGGAGAGAAACCUUAUGAAUGCAGUGACUGUGGGAAAUCUUUCACUAAGAAAUCACAGCUCCAAGUGCAUCAGCGAAUUCACACAGGAGAGAAGCCUUAUGUGUGUGCUGAGUGUGGGAAGGCCUUCACCGACAGGUCAAAUUUGAAUAAACACCAGACAACACACACUGGAGACAAACCGUAUAAGUGUGCAAUAUGUGGGAAAGGCUUUGUUCAGAAAUCAGUGCUCAUUGUGCAUCAGAGAAUCCACACUGGUAAGAAAACACAUGAAUGUAAAGAAUGUGGGAAAGCUUUUAGUUUGCGAUCAAGUCUUACUGGUCAUAAGAGAAUUCACACUGGUGAGAAACCUUUUAAAUGUAAGGAAUGUGGGAAGGCUUUUAGAUUUCAUUCACAGCUUAGCGUCCAUAAGCGAAUUCAUACUGGUGAGAAAUCUUAUGAAUGUAAAGAAUGUAGCAAGGCCUUUAGUUGUGGUUCAGACCUUACUCGACAUCAGAGAAUUCAUACAGGUGAAAAACCCUAUGAAUGUAAUGAAUGUAGGAAGGCCUUUAGUCAGAGAUCACAUCUUAUUAAACAUGAGAGAAUUCACACUGGUGAAAAACCUUAUGAAUGUAAGGAGUGUGGGAAAGCUUUUACUCGUGGCUCACACCUAACUCAACAUCAGAGAAUUCAUACUGGUGAGAAAUCUCAUGAAUGUAAGGAGUGUGGAAAAGCAUUUAUUCGUGGUUCAAAUCUUGCUCAACAUCAGAAUGUUCAUGUUGGGAAGAAGCCUUAUGAAUGUGAGGAAUGUGGGAAAGCCUAUAUCUGGAGUUCACACCUUGCUCGACAUCAGCGAAUUCAUACCGGUAGGAAACCUUAUGAAUGUAAGCAGUGUGGGAAGACUUUCAUUUGGGCUUCAUAUCUUGCUCAACAUGAGAAAACACAUAAAGAAAGGAAACUCUAUGAUUGUAAGGAAUGUGGAAAGACCUUUUUUCAUGGCUCAGAGUUUAAUCGACAUCAGAAAAUUCAUACUGGUGAGAGAAAUUAUGAAUGUAAGGAAUGUGGGAAGACCUUUUUUCGCGGUUCAGAACUUAAUCGACAUCAGAAAAUCCAUACUGGAAAGAGACCAUAUGAAUGUGAAGAAUGUGGAAAAGCUUUUCUCUGGGGUUCACAACUUACUCGACAUCAGAGAAUGCAUACAGGUGAGGAACCUUAUGUAUGUAAUGAAUGUGGGAAAUCCUUUAUCUGGGGCUCACAGCUUACACGACAUAGGAAAACUCAUACUGAUGCAGAACCCUAUAAAUGUAAGAAAAGUGGCCAGAUCUUUAGUCACCAUUCAUGUCUAACUGAACAGAAAAUUCAUAAUGGUGAGAAUCUCUGUGAAUGGACAGACUAUGGGAACACCUUUAGUCAUGAUUCAUACUUUGCUCAACACCAGAACAUUUACACUUUUGAGAAACCCUAUGAAUAUAGAGAUUUUGAGACAGCAUUUUCUCCAAACUCUCACUUUAAUUUCACUGUUGUGAAAUCAUGUGAUAUAAAAAUGUAG